AUGGCGGCCAUGGUGAUGGAGAGUCCGGGGGUGCACUAUCCCGAGUCGCUGGCAGAUCAGGAUGAUGUGGUAUACCCGUGCAAGGGCUGCGGCGAGAUACUCGAGGAAGGCAAGGCAUUUGAGCUUGCUGGGAAUCGAUGGCAUAUCGACUGCUUCCGCUGCAACACUUGCGGAACCCUCCUCGACUCCGACGCUAACCUCCUCCUACUCGGCGACGGCUCCCUCAUAUGCAACAACUGCACCUAUAGCUGCAAUGCAUGUGGCAACAAGAUCGAAGACCUAGCCAUCCUCACUGGCGAUCAGGCCUUCUGCGCCAGCUGCUUUCGUUGCCGGAACUGCAAAAGAAAGAUCGAAAACCUCCGUUAUGCGCGGACGUCGCAAGGUAUCUUCUGCAUGAGCUGUCAUGAGAGCUUGAUGGCGAGGCGGCGGAAGAAAGCAAAGGCCGCACCACGGCAGCAGUCUGCUAGCAAUGGCCCGUCCGAGAAAGCGCUACCGUCCCUGCCACCCGGUGCUGCUCCUCCGAGUGCCUUCUCACCAGAGAUGGAAACACCGCCAUCAGACCAAUACUCCGAAGGACCCAAUACCAGGUCGCCGCGACAGCAACAGCUACGACCAAGCAGAGAAAUCGCGAGUAGCAGUUCUAAAAGAGAUGUCUCGCCCUUGUCGGAUGAGGCGCGCCGAGAUGGGCCCACUUUACCUGCGAGCACGUACAGCGAGAGCCGACCGUCUAAUAUAUCCGAGGACACAGAUGAUGGCGAAGAGCGCGGAUUUCUGCCCAUGGCAUUCGAUCCUACCCUUGCACCGGGUCCACCGCCGACGACCUCAUCGAUCGCGCGAAAGCAGGUGCCGCAGAACACCGACCGACCUUCACCACCUGUCCUCACUGAGAACAGAUUGACAAGAGAUUACUUUACUGGCAGGCAGUCUGGAAAGUCUGCCAGCCGAGAUGCUAGGGAAGAUGCAAGAUCAAGGUCGCCGGCGAGAUCGGUGUCCACAGAGCGUGAGCCGGAUCGGAAAGUGGCAGAUGCGAAGCAGAGUCCGCACAUUUUCUUUCAGGAGAAGGGUAGAAGUACGAAGCGACAAGCAUCAGGGACAAACACGCCCGCAUCUACCGCUGCAUCUCCUGCAGUGGCUGCUGGUGCGGACGGACGAGUCGAGAGGCCUAAGCCACAGCAUCUGGACACGGGAUCUUUCACACUUGGUCAUGGCGAGGGCUUCAAAUUACAAGAGGUUCCGAAGAAUCGGAAGGGCAGUGAUCGGAGUGUAUCGAAAGGAGAAGACGGUAGGUCACCAGUCGGUAUCUCGCCUGUGGAUGCACAAGUGGCAGAUGCGCGGCAGCCGACCGCCUCGCGAUCACCUAUCUCGCUGGACUCGCCAGGUUCUGGAGUCAAUCCAUUCGAUGAUCCGAAGCGCAAAGAUGCAGCAGGAAGUAGUGCGCCGCCGCCACCCAAACAUGCUGAUAGACCUGCACGUGGAGACAGUCUUGCCGCAUCCACUCUUAAGAGCAAGACAUCUACACCGGAACCACGAACACCCACAAAUUUGACUCCGACUAUCGCAUCGACUCAGCUGGCGCCAGGCCCAGCACCUGACAGAAGAGAGUCCACGUCCUCUGUACCGUAUUCGUUCGUCGAUGCCCAGAGCACCAUCUCGAGCGACGGCAAUAUCAACAACAUCGGGAGCCGCAUCAAGUCGGGGGAGUCACCGUCUUUCAGGAGCAGCUUCGACGUAGCACCGCCGCCACGAGCCUCGAGUCGCCCAAGCGCACCCAGUGCACCGAGCAAAUCUGUGGCCAAUGGUGACUUCAUCAUGCCACGACAUGCGCCGCCUCCUCCACCUACUGAGCGACACAGGAAUAAUGCCUCAAUCAGUACGAUGCAGAGCGUCGAUACCAGAUCAGAAGGCCAGCUAUCUCCUGCAAUGCGAAGUCCUGGACUGCCGAAGGCGAGCAGAGAGAGCGGCUUUUCCAUGGAAGAGGAGAUGGCGCGCAUCUUGCGUGGCGACAAGAGAGACACCCGAGAGGAUAGCAAUGCGCCUCCCUCGGUACUACGUCGGGUCUCGAAUGCGGUGAAGCACGGACGCAGCUUUAGCGAUAGAGGUGUCAAUGCUUCAGUGACUUCGCAAUCACCUCCCAGCUCUACAGGACCGAUCCAGAUCAGCUCUCCUAUGGCUUUAGGAAGUCCAAAUAUAUCUUCUCCAACUGCUAGCGAGCCGCUAGAGCAGUUGCGCAAGCAGAAUCGCAGGCAGGGACAGCGGAUCGCUGAGCUCGAGGCAGAGAGGGCGACGCUUGAGGAGAGGCUCAACAACUCGGCCGAGAUCAAGGCUGCGACUAGUGAGCUGCGCGAGAAGCGGAACACCAUGGUGGUGCUGGACACGCAGCGAGAAAUGGUAGUUGCGGAGCUUGAGAGCAUGACUGCUCAUCUCCAGCGAGCGAAGGAAAGCAACCAGCCUCUUGACCUGAACAGCCUCAAGUCGGACAUCAUGCGCGACUUUGCCGAUUCGCUGCAAAAGCUCAAGGAGCAGAUGAGUGGGCAGAUUGAGGAUUUGAUGCAUAAGCGGACCGAGCUGACGGACGAGAUCGGGACACUGAUUCAGAUGAAAGACAAGGGGUUCCAAGAGUACGAAUCACUUUCGAGUCGAAACGCGCAGCUACUGGAGAUGAACGGCCAGCUCGUGCAGAAUAUCCAGGAGACCUACAAAGCCAACAAGGUGCCGAAUGGAGCUGGCUCGACGAAUGGACUUGGCAUAUAUAACCCAGGGGCUAAGAUGGACACCAGCGGAUCGAUGGACUUGCGGACCAUGAACUUGAUCAGCACCGACUCAUCAAUGCCCAACUUCCUGCAGGAAACCGAGGCAGAACCGGCGACUGUACUCACCGCUCCACAAGUCGUCAAUAUCCGCAAGGGCGGCCAAGCGAAAAAGUUCAACUGGCGCAAGGGAGGUGAGAAAAUGGCCAAGAAUGUGACCAAAGGCAUCAAAGGCGCUUUCGUGGGCGAGAGCAGCGCCAGUGGUGUACGAGGCAAAGAAAUCGGUGCUCCAUAUGGCGCUGAGAUUGGAGGCGUACCAUACGGACAGCAUAUGCAGGGUUCUGCUGCUGCUAGCCAGGCUACGGGCGGUAGUGAGCAGAACAGUCUGAAGGGCCAGACUGUGGGUCCUAACGGUGCGGCUGGGUUCGGAUUCUUCUCGCAGAAGAACGGCGGGCUGAAAACGGGCCCGGGUGGGUUGGCCGGGAUGAAGAAUAACAGCAGUACUAACCUCGCUACGCCGGCUGCUGAUCCUUCUGUGCUCUUCGGCUCCGAACUCGAAGCCCGCUGCGAGUUUGAGAAGCGCGUCAUACCGGCCGUAGUAUCCCACUGCAUCGAAGAGGUUGAAGCCCGCGGCAUGGAAAUCGAAGGCAUCUACCGCAAAUCCGGCGGCAGCGGCCAAGUCAAGAUCGUGCAACAGGGGUUUGAAAAGGACAGUAGCUACGACAUUUCCGACCCGGAUCUGGACAUCCACGCCGUCACGAGCGCGCUGAAACAGUAUUUCCGCCGUCUCCCGACACCACUGAUUACCUACGAUGUCUAUGAAUCUCUUCUCGAGGCCGGACAGAGCGGAGAUGGCGACCGGGAGAAGCAGGCCCUUCAUCUUCGGGCCGCGGUGGGUGAGUUGCCGGAACAUCAUAGGAAUUGCUUGGAGUACCUGAUCCAGCAUCUGGCUCGUGUCAUGAGCUAUGGAGAGGAGAAUCUGAUGACGCCGUUGAAUCUGGCGGUGGUGUUCGCGCCGACGAUUAUGAGGCCGUUUAGUAUUGAGAGGGAGAUGAGUGAUAUGCAGGCGCAGAGGAUCGCGGUGCAGGCGCUUAUUGAGUUGCAUGAGAGUGUAUUUGAUGAGUGA